AUGUCGCUGAAUCGAUUUUCAGUGCCUUCCCAGGGUCAAUUGGCUCUUGCAAUCGCGAUUGUCAACUCGAAACCUACAAAUGUCUCCGUAAUAGAUCACCUCCAGCAAAUUCGUGCACAUAUUAAAACAACUCUCAGUCAUUCUCCUAAAUCUUCUAGCCCGACCAGCUCAAGUGAUAAAUACUUUGAUAGUGUUGCCUUCUGGAAACAGGCUUAUACCAAGGCCGAAGCCACGCAAAGCAAGUUGAAUGAUCGUAUCUAUGAGCUGGAACAACGAGUACAGACUUUGAAGCUCAAAUUAAACCAAGAGGACAAUGAAUGUGACACGCCAGAACGCGGCAAGCGCAAAGAGAGCAAGGAGCCGACAGCACCAGACUCACAGAGGAAACGGAGGAAGACAAACAAUACCCCUUCAGGGGUAGGAAGCAGUAUUGAAGCCGAGUUGGAACGGUUGAGUGGGCUAAUCCGACAAGAGAACUUGACUGAGUCAAAGAUCAACUCGGUUAUGAGACAUAUAUCAGCACUACAACAGAACAUGCAGAAAAAACCCAACUGGCCAGUCAUAUAUUCGACUGUUCUCGAUCUUUGCGCAGCAACUUGCUCUGUUGUUCCAUGCCUCUACGAACGCUCGUGUUCUGAAUCAAGACAGUCAAACAGCACUGACAACAUCAGAGUGCUCAAUCCGAUAGUCGUUCUAGCAGUGAUUGAGUCUGCCCAUACUAUUCUGUGCCGUGCUCAAAACAAGAUUAUCAGUUCUUCUGAAAGCCAGAAAUACGAAGGCCAAGUCACAUAUCACUUGACAUCACUUUUUGAAGCAGUCCUAUACGCAUUGGCGAAGAUAUGCGAUCCCAAAGCUGGUAGCAAAGAACUUCCAAAGCUCAAACAGAUUUCGAAAAGUCCGUCAGCAAAGAAUACAAUGCAGCAGUCAUCGGCCGAAUCGUCUGAAACUUUGCAUUGUGGAAUCUCUCUUGAUGAGAUUUUGCAGACUCUAAGACAUGUACUUGCGGGCAUGAUGUUGAAGGCAACUACUCUCAUUACUGCUAGCCCUAACAAUAUUUUUGAAGGGUAUCUCUACAUGUUUUUCACUCGCGUGGGGACUGUUCUCUCGGUGCUCGAAUUCAAAGACAUCGUUACUAGCCCGGAUCUCCAAACCAGCUCAGACAGGCUACCUUUGCCGGAUGGCCUUCGCCGAGCAGGUAUUAGGAAAGAUGAAGCCAUUGAAGCAACAUUAACGGCGUACGAGGCCGAAACAUAUCAUUUGGUAUGGAUCUUGGAAAAGGCUGUUGCGCUGAUACAUUCUAUUUCAAUGAAAUCGUCACUGUCUGAUGAUACGACUAAUGCUAGUGAUGGGAAAGGCUCAAACGCCGGACUUCUUCUGAGUCUGUCUAAAAAACGAUUACAGAACACUCUACUCAUGGCAGUUUUUCACGAAGAAGAGCCAUUGUUCUUGGAGUCUUUGAAAAAGCCACAAAAGCCUGCAGGAGAUGAAAUGAAUAUCCCAAUCACCAAAAACUCAGAACCACCUUCGGAAUGGUUCUCGAGGGAAGUCUGGCGGUUGUUGGGAUGGGAUGUACUCGAAUCUAUUUGGAAGAACGGAAACGAGAAUCAUACAAAAUGA